AUGGCUCAGGAACCUCCUUCGCCGUGGUCACGAUGGGAUGCUCCCGGUUAUGAGUACGCAUCAAAUCGGCCGGAACCGCCAUCUUCAGUACAGUAUGAUUCUGGAUUUGAGAAUUCUGGGCCGCGAAACAGUGGUGGUCCAACUAGGCAACGGUUGGUAGCUGGCAGACUGCUCGAGCAACGUGUAAAUCCUAACAAUCCAAAUUUUAUUGAAUGUAUAUACGGCGCGGAAAAUUCGCGGACACGAUAUGUGGAGCAGUGCUCGAAGGAUACUGGAUGCUGCGAAACAACGUGCUGCACAAAUAGGACCUGGUUAGUUCAAAAAUUUUGCUUUUAUUACAUGCACUUUUAG